AUGACUACCCAAGUACAACCAUCUCAUGAAUGGCUUUCACAAGAAACAUUUUCUUUGCUGCUCAAAGAAUAUUUAUUAGCUAGAAAUGAAAAAAGAAGAGCCAAAGCCUUGCUCACUCUUGACGAUAUAAAAAAAUGUAUUGACAUACUAGAAAAGGGACAAAAAGCAGAAAAUUAUACGCCUAAAUUUGGUUAUUGGUUUGUGGUUACUGAAUCAAUCAAAAAUUGUACUUGCAGUGUCUUAAGAAACGGAACACCAUUGAAGACAAGAGGUAGUUUCUUUUUAUUAAAUAGAAGACGAGUUUUUCUAGAUCAUCAAGGCUCUGCAAAUUCGUAG